CAAAGCACAACACACGCUCAUUGCAUAACUCUUACAUUAUACACUUUCAUUUAGUCCUUGUGUGUAUCUGUUGACAAACAUGGGAACCACUUGUCCAGAAUCUCCACCACUUCUCCAAGACCUAAGGGUUACCAUCCACGAAACUUCAAUGGUUUUUCCAUCCAAAGAAACCGAGAAGAGGUCAUUGUUCCUAUCAAACAUAGACAAGGUCCUCAACUUCGAAGUGGAAACGGUUCACUUCUUUGGAGCAAACAAAGAUUUUCCACCCCAAAAAGUGGCCAAGAUGUUCAAGAAUGCUCUAGAGGAUGCCCUAGUGGUCUAUGACUUCUUGGGAGGAAGAUUGAAUCUGAACCCCGAAACCAAAAGAUUAGAGAUAGAUUGCAAUGCAAAGGGUGCUGGGUUUGUGGUGGCUUCAAGUGAGUACAAGUUAAGUGAGAUUGGCCACUUGGUUUAUCCCAAUCCAUCUUUUGCACAAUUUGUUCACAAGAGUAAGGAUUUCCUUCAACAAAAUGAUCAACCACUAUGCGUUGCACAGUUGACAUCCUUCAAAUGUGGAGGCUUCGCAAUAGGGUUCACAACCAGCCACACCACCUUCGACGGUCUAAGCUUCAAAACAUUCUUGGACAACCUUGCCGCAUUGGCUGCUAACAAGCCCCUGGCUGUGAUACCCUGCCACGAUAGGCACCUCCUGGCCGCAAGAUCUCCGCCACGUGUCAGCUUCCCGCACCACGAGCUGAUCAAGCUCGAUAACUUACCCACAGGCAGCACCGAGUCCAGUGUCUUCGAGGCCUCUAAGGAAGAGCUCGACUUCAAAGUUUUCCAACUAACCUCACACAACAUUCUCAGCCUCAAGGAGAAAGCCAAGGGUAGCACCAAUGCUCGUGCCACUGGGUUUAAUGUUAUCACUGCCCAUAUAUGGAGAUGCAAGGCCUUAUCUGCACCCUACAACCCCUCUAGGUCAUCCACCAUACUAUAUGCCGUGGACAUACGUCCACGGCUGAACCCUCCCCUCCCCAAAUCCUUUGCGGGUAAUGCUGUGUUAACCGCGUAUGCCACAGCAAAAUGGGAGGAAUUGGAGAAGGGAGAGUUCUCAAGCUUGGUGGGGAUGGUGACAGAGGGUGCAAAGAGAAUGAGUGAUGAGUAUACAAGGUCUAUGAUAGACUGGGGAGAGGUGCAUAGUGGGUUUCCACAUGGGGAGGUUUUGGUGUCUUCGUGGUGGAGAUUAGGCUUUGAGGAGGUGGAGUAUCCGUGGGGGAAGCCUAAGUAUUGUUGUCCCGUGGUGUAUCACCGGAAGGACAUUAUUUUAGUGUUUCCUCCUUUUGGUAGUGGGGAUGAUGGGAUAAAUAUUAUAGUGGCUCUUCCUCCCAAGGAAAUGGACAAAUUCGAGACCCUCUUUUACAUGUUCUUGAAUUGAGUUUGAUCGAUGGCAACUGUAUGUCUCUUCGCUUGAUAUGGUCAUCAGUAUGCUUAGUUAUAUAUGUUGGUGUAUUAAUAAUUAAGUGAUGAAUGGUAUUUUUUUUAGAUAACAAUGAUGAAUGGUAUUUCAAUAUAUGGAUAAUGUGUGUUAAGAAAAAAUUAUUUGUAAGUGAUGGUUUUCCAGAGAUAAGAUAUGACUGAUCAUUUUGUUGCUACAUGCAUAGGAUUGGUACAUGA